UGAAUGAAGAUCCUAUGACAUCCAGACCAAAUACAUAGAAGAUCAGCUGAUUUGUGUCGAAAAUGCCAUAGUAAUUUUGUUCAACUUGAUAUAUUUAACAUGGACAACAUUUGUCCUUACAUAUCACGAAAUGACCAGCGCAGAUAUAAGCACUGUACGUGGGAGAAAUCAACAAAGAGAAACAGCAGCUGAAAACUUAAAAGCUAUGGAAGAUAUGAUGUUUAGUUUGUCUUUACUGCAUGCCCAUUGUGAGUCAUGUGUUAACAAAAAGUGUAAUAUUACACCAGAUCAACUAAGCAGCUGUGAACUGACAGACUGUGAUAAUAUGUGUGGCCACAGAUUUCACUCAUGCAAGAAGGAUGAACAUGAACUCAUUUGUUCCCAACAAAAAGUACCAUGUAUAAACCAUACUAAUGGGUGUCCAUUGGAAAUGGCAAGGUGUAAAAGAGCAUCUCAUUUAAGCGUUUGUCCUGCAAGUGUUCAGAGGUGUGUUGUUGAGUGGAAUCGUUGGCCAAUGCAUUCAAAAGAAGAAUGUUUAACAACGCCAUUGCCUCUGGAUAGCCAACAUGUAAAAUGUACUCAAUUAGAUGUGGCAUUAGCACUUAGAGAUCAGCGAAUGCUUGUUCAGUCAAUGAAAAUUCCAAGAAAAAUAAGAAAAAUCUUCCAGAAUUCACUUACACAAAAAUACCCCAGUGUUCCACUAGAGCAGAACAGAAGUUCUUCCAUUGACUCAGAUAAUACUGUAGACGAUACAUCAGGAGCUACAUCUGAUGAAGACACCCCAUGGGGGAGUCAGAAGUAUCCUCCAGGACUACAAAAAACAGUUGUUAAUCAAUUACACAAAGCCUCAAAACAAACUGCUGAUAGUGUUUCUGCAACAUUAGACUUAUUUUCCCAUCAUUUUGGUAAAGCAGGUCUAAAAAAUCUGACACAAAAGUUACAAGGGAUCACUGAAACUGAAGAAGCAAAAACAAGUAGCCAGCAAACAGCUGAAACUGACAAUGAUGAAAUUAAUCAACCAUUAGAUGUUAAUUCUAGUGAGAAAAUAUCAGAAAAGGAAUCAUGUGAUCUAUCUAAAUCAACUGAUGACUGUAAAGAAGUAUCAGUAGAAGAUGUUUAUACAAAAGAUAUCAAAUUGUAUAAUUUGUUAGGAGUUAGUCUAGAUAUAGAAUGCAUAUCAAAGUAUAUACCAAAGCCUAAGAAAAUGUAUACUUUUCUCUGUGCUCAAGAUUUUAGAAGAGAUGAGUAUCCCUGGCAUUUCAAAAAUGUUCAUAAUGAUAUCCACUGUGGGUUAAAUGGAAUGAUGGAGUUCAGAUGUCCACUAGCCUACAUGGGAUGUGAUUAUUCUUGUCAAAAGUUAUCUCCCUUAGAACCUAAGGGGAAAAUAGUACACAGUGCAUUACAGGAAAGUUUUGGGCUAGCUAUAACAAAUGCAGAUGAUCAAAUGAAAGAAGAACAAAUGGAGGAAAUUCAAUGUAAAAACUGCUCUGUUACAGAGUCAGAUAAAAGAAAACUAAGGGAAGCAACUCCAGAGAUAACCACAUCACAAAAAUAUGACUCAAAAAUAAAGAUCCUUCCAAAAUAUCAGUGCAAUAGGUUAUGUGAUAGUGCAAGUAGUUUCCCAUCUUCUGAUGGAAAAUUUUACCUAGACUGUCUUCCGUUUGAGGUGCUUCAACACAUUGUUGUGUUUUUAGAUAGUUUUAGUCUAUGCAAUCUUUCUUUAACUUCAAAAUUAUUCAGAGAUGUAUGUGCUUCACUACUGGACCAGAAAGGCAUGGUUAUACCAGUUUGGCAGGCAAGAGAGGAUGAUGUAAAACCUUCAUGGACCAUUGCAUACUGGAAAUGGUGUUUUAGCACAAGCUUUACUCCAGUGAGGAAAUGGCAAUACAAUACAGGGAAUGGUCUGUUUGAGCAUUUGAAGAUCUGUCCAUACAAUCAGGAAAAUAGCAAGAAUAUCAAAACUGAACCAUUUUGUCCUGCAUCAGAACUUCUGUCCAUACACAGUACACCAGACGAGAAAAAUACAACCAAGUCUUUACUCAAACUGAUAUCUGCUUGAAAGAGGCUGCAAAUAAACAAAUCAAAAGUCUUACAUAAAUGUGUCAUCCAUUUUCACAAAAAAUAUCUAUGCAUGUUAGAUAUGCUGUGCAGAGAUUUUAUUUAUCUAAAAAUUAAGACUUUUUAGAAAAUUUUAAGCAAAACUUUAAUCGAAUUCACCAAAGCAGAUAAAAAGAAUUUCCCAAAUGAACAAAACUUAGAAGUUGAUUGUUAUUUUUUUUUUUUUAACAUUUCAUAUUUGGUAAUUAUUUGAUAAUUUGACUAGUUUGAUUUUGCAUAAUGAUAUUUUUCACAGCUUUAGAGAAUAGAUACACAAUGUAUGAUAGAUAUGGGUAUCCUUUAUUGUAAACAACAUAUCUAGGGGAAAAAAUAGAAAAAGGAAGCUUUUGAAAAAUUAGGAAAAGAGGAGAUAAUAAUUCAAUUUAUAUAAAAAAAAUUCCCUUGUAGGAGAUAUUAUAACCUACAGUGAUAAACUAUAAACAUAUGAUAACAAUUUCUCUUUUCACAGUAAGAUUACCCUAUAUCACAUUUGUUUAAAACAAAAAUUUCGGAAACCAUUUCAUUCAUUUCAUGGGUCCAAAUUUUGUGGAUUGAGGAAAAUUUUUAUUUUCGUGGAUAUUUUAUUUUUUGGUUUUGCCAAAGUUUGCAUACUGGCCUAUAGAAAAUUUGAACUACAUUUAACAUUC